UCAGGUUUUGCUUUACAUCAAAAAUGGGUUGGCAACAAAAGGCUAUGAACCUUCUGAAACAGCCUUUCCAGAUUCUCACAAUAACCCUUCUAAGCUUAUUGCUUCCCCUCUCUUUUCUCCUCCUAUCUAGGCUUUCUUGUGCCAAUUACUACUAUCUCUUAACCUUGAGUGCCAUUAGUAGUCCUCCUCCUCCUCAACCUUUAGAGUCCUCCACCUAUUUUUGUGAUUUCUGCUCCUCUCUAUUACUAUACUCAACCCCUUUUCUUCUCUACAUCCUUGUGUCCGUCGUCAGCAUUGCCGCACUUAUCCACGGCCUAACAGGUAGAGUUACCAUUAUAGCGGAGCCCCCAUGUCCCAUUUUCCGUCCCCGUUUGUACACUGCAUGGAUUUUCCUAUGCACAUUACAAAUGUGCGUCGGUUUGGGGAUCGAGGAGAGCAUAGCUACGGGGAUUGACGGCUCGAGUCUCAGCAGUCUUGACAAGUGUAACUUGUUGAGCAGAGUAGUGUUUUUCUUGGGGUUGCAUGAGACCAUGCUCCAUUGGUGUAGGGUUGUGGUGAAGCCGGUUGUGGAUGACACAGUUUUUGGGGGUGCUAGGGAGGAGAGGUGGGUGGAGAGAGGGGUGAUGGCGGCGAGCGUUGGUUGGUUGUGGUGGUGGAGGUUGAGGGAUGAGAUUGAGUCUUUGGUGGUUGUGACUAUGGCUAAGAAAGAGUUGUCAAUGAAUAUAGGGAUAGCUGACUUUAUUGGCUGGUGGUUGUAUUAUGUUACUGUGACUAUUGGAAUGGUUAGAGUUGUGAAGGGUUUUAUGUGGCUUGCUAUGAUUUUCUUAUGUAGAAGGAGACGAGGAGGAAACAAUAUUACCCACAGUUCUGGUGAUCCUCAAGACAAAGUAUGAAAACACUAGUUGAUAUCGAUCGAUCAUCUCAGAAAUCCGAAUUCUUAAUUAAUUUAUUU